AUGGCGGUGAACAUGGACAUGGAAGCCAUAAAAAUGCUGUCGUCGAGCCAAGAAGAUGGCAACCUGUCCUACUCCAACUCGAAGUUCAAUUGCAAAGAAACAGCAAGAUUACGAGGCGGUAAAAAAAGACGAUGCAGUCAGAAGAGCAGUGCCAGAAAAAAGAAAGUUAUUGUAGCCGGUUGUGGCCACCUGCUGCCGUCCCUCGCCGCUGCACUUUGCAUACUGAUCUUCCAGUUGGGGCUGACUCCUCCAGUGAGGUCCAUGUCACCGGCCAACGAGACGGUCUGGCCACCGAUGCGGCAUUACGAUAUUUGGGACGACCACUUGGGCGAUCUUGGCGAUUUUGAAGGGGAGCCUUUGGCGGAGGAGGCGGAUUUCAAGCUGCAAACAGGAGUGCAGGAGGAACUGGACAUCGAGAUGCAGCAGCAGGACAUAUCAGAAGGGAGUUUAAAUCAGACAAACACCAGGCAGGGAAAGGUGAUCCAUCUAUUUCCGGUGCCCGUGGAUGGUGAUUGUGUGUCCAACGAUGGUCGGCGGAUGGGCAACUGCCUGAACGCCUACGAAUGCCGCCAAAAGGACGGACAGGCGAGGGGAGAGUGCGCAAUGGGAUUCGGAGUGUGCUGCGUGUUCCUGGCCAGCUGCAACACCACGAUCUCCAACAACAUCACCUACAUCGUGUCGCCGGAAUUUCCCAGCUUCAUGCCCAGCAACUUCAGUGGCUGCAGCCUGCGGGUGAAGAUGAUGAGCGAUGAGAUCAGCCAGGUGCGGAUCGACUUCCACCACUUCACCUUGGGUCAGCCGAAUCGAAGGACUGGCGUGUGUGAAGGAGAUGUGUUCAGCAUAGGCGGUGGGCCGGGGGGAAAUUUCUCUCUUUGCGGCCAGAACAGUGGCCAGCAUUUGUACUAUGAUGUGGGGUCCCGAUCUUCGCCCCGACAAGCUACAUUGUACGGCAGUCUUCGCCCGGCAGAUGCCAGUAAUAACAGCACCAACAACUCCACAUCCACAGGAGAUCGCUUCAUCGACAUCAGUCUCAAUCUUUCCAAUCGUCUCCUGCCCCUUCGCAUUUGGGAGAUGAGCGUGGUCCAAAUCCCCUUCAAUCAACGAGCUCCGGCAGGCUGUCUGCAAUAUCACACAGGCACAGAGGGCAUUAUGCAAACCUUUAAUUUUGCCGAAAAUGGGAGACAUUUAGCCAAUCAGAACUAUCGUAUUUGUGUGCGUCAGGAGACGGACAUGUGCUCGAUUGUAUACCAGCCGUGCGAUGAGCUGUCCUUCCGAAUUGGCGGUGGCGGACGAAUGGCUACCCGAGGUGGUGGGGGUGAUGAAGGAUCUCUGUCAACGUCGAAUAACGCCGCGGUCCAAUCAAAUCCCGCUGUAGCUCAAUCCGAUGUUGCAGGUGCAACAGCAACAUCGGUUAAUGCAGCAAUGACCACGGCAGCUCCAACUUCCAGCACCCUGAUGCAGAUGCUGGCCAACAUUGCCAACUCCACCACCACAUCGUUAAUGACCCUAAUGUCCGGGAACUCUACCACAGCUGCUAGCGCAGUAUCUUCAUCCAGCAGCGGCAGCAGCACGGCCGCAAUGAGCACGACGACAACAUCGACCACUCCAACGCCGUUACGUUCUAGUACUGAGGCUUCCACCACAUCGGAAGCACCAUCAUCCUCGCCAGCUAGUGACGAUGUGGAGGGUUCAGGUGGCGAGGACGGGGAAGCUGGCGAUGAUGACGACGAUGGCGGGUUCUUGUUCUUCAGGAGUCGACCGACCACAGAGGAACCGGGCGUUUCUCGACGCCCACGUCCAAGUGGAGGCUUCGACAUUAUGGGCAUCAUUCGCAACGCCCUGGACUUGCCGCUGAAGUGGCGUCGUCGCCAGGCUCGACAAUUCUUUAGCACUUGUUCGGAUCGGAUUACAAUGCCGUGCAUCAUAGAGGAUUUCAUAGGCACCGGGUUGGGCCCACUUCCCGGAUGCGAGCCCGUUCACUGUGGCGCCCAGUUCUGCUCCUCGGGUGUGUGGCCUUGUCGCAUCGAAAGCACUGUGACUCCAUUUUACAUAGGUGUCCAUUUCGGCAACGGACUGGGUGCUGGCAAAAGCAAUGCCGAGGAUAAUGUGGGAGCUUGUCUGCGUUUUUCCCAGGUGCAAUGCAUGUAAGAAUUGGUGGGACCU